AUGGCUUUGAACCUAACUUCAUCACUGUUGCACCGAACCAAGCUUCAAAACCUCCUAAAUCAACAAGUAGAUUCCGACAGCACCUCUUCAAUCUCUUUCUCUCUAGAUUUCUAUAUUCUUAACCAAGAAAUGUCAAUAUUCAAGAUGGGCAAAAGGGUCCAACCAAAGUCCAUCAGGCGCCAGCACCAUCAACGCCUGUUCCGUCACCACCUCCGCCGUUUCCAUCAUCCUAAGAGAAGAUCAUCAUCUUCAACAAAUACCAAAUCUUUCUCCAUUAUUGCUUCCAUAAGCAAGUCCAUUCACAAAUGCCAUCUUCGCCUCAUCAAGUUUUUCUCCAAGUUGGCAACCAUAGGACACCACCUGGGCUCCGUAAUCCUUGAACGGAAAGAGACCUUGUUCGAACCCGAUGUUGGCCCUAGACUUAAAUUUGAAUCUGAGACCAGUUCUGCUCUGCCUCAAGUUCUUGUAUUACACGAGCACCAUCAGCUGCUUCAUCCAUUAGUUUCAGACAAAAAGAGAACCAUCGUUCUUGACCUGGACGAGACCCUGGUGCAUUCAAUCUCUGACCAGCCUCCACCAACGUAUGAUUUCAUGAUUAAACCAAGCAUUAAUGGUGUAAGAAUGAAAUUAUACGUGUUGAAACGACCCGGGGUCGAUGAAUUCUUGGAAGCAAUCAGUCAGAAGUACGAAGUGGUGGUGUUCACGGCAGGAAUCGAGCCAUACGCCUCAUUGCUGCUUGAUUUUCUAGACCCCAAAGGCUUGAUAUCUCACCGUCUGUACAGGGAUUCAUGCAAGCAAUUAGUGAGGGGAACAUACGUGAAGGACUUGUCGAAGAUAGGGAGGGACCUUGGAAAAGUUGUGAUUGUUGAUGAUAACCCCAAGUCGUAUUAUUUGCAACCCGCAAAUGCAAUCCCCAUAAAGCGAUUUGAAGAUGACAUUGAAGACAGGGAAUUGAAGAAGCUGAUAGGGUUCUUUCAGAGCUAUUGCGAUGGUUUUGAGGACAUGAGAGAUGCGGUUAAGCAGUAUUUUGGUGGUGCCAACAUGAGCUAAACUUGGAGAUUAUUGGAAGCUUCUGUCAUCUAAUUUUAAGCUCAAAUGACUAAAACCUCAUAAGACUAAGAGUUAAUGCAUACAAGUUUUUUUUUUUUUUGUGUAUUUCUUUUUUUGGUCGGAAACAAAACAACCCUGUUGCUCACUAAUCCCAGCUUCGACUUCGAACCACUAUCUUCAUGACCAUUACACCGAACCAAAGGAUACCUCCUCCUCUUCUUUUUAAAUCUAGGAACUUUUCCUUCUUUGUUUUUUGUGGAUGAUGAUUAUUUUCGAUCGUCCGAUCAUAAUCCAGAAUCCUUAGAUGGUUUCCAAGAUUAUCAACACAAUACCACGAUCCAUCAAGCGCCACUGACUUAACCAUCAUCGGAGAAUGAAUUCUCCAAUAAAGAAGAAUGCUUCGUUCUCUGUCAUUGCCUCCCUCAACAUGUCCAUCAAGACUUACCAUCCCCGCCUUGUAAAGCUCUUCUCAAAGUUAGUCCAUAGCAACCCCUACCACCGCCAAGCGUUGCCACAAGGGCUUCAAAAUCCUAAACCAAGAAGAACUUGAUGAAUUCGAGAGCAAUUUCAUUUUUCCUCGUGCUCUGACCGUUGCUUGCUUCCACUGUUGAUUUCGGAGAUGAAAAAAUCUUUCUUUUUGAGACAUAUGAGACAUAGAGAAAAGAAGAACUUUAUGUAUGGCUUAGCUAUUUUUUUGUUGAUGAGAUACGUAUAAGCUAUGCUAACGAUAGUAAGUAAACUACCUAAAAUUACAAGGCGCAGACAAUUAGAUCAUAUCAUUCCUUGACCUAGACGAGACCCUGGUGCAUUCAAGCCCUGACCCACCUCCGAAAAUGAAUGAUUUUGUAGUAAGGCCGAAUAUUGAAGGUCAAACUAUGCAUUUUUAUGUGUUGAAACGACCCGGCGUGGAUUUCUCCUUAGAAGAAAUCAGCAAGAAACAUGAGGUGGUGGCUUUCACGGCCGGGCUAAAGCAAUAUGCUUCAUAGGUUUUGGAUGAUCUUGGUCCUAGGGGGUUAAUAUCGUACUGGCUUUAUCAGGACACUUGCAGCAGGUGGAAGGGAAGUUUGUUAUGGACUUGUCUGAAAAUGGGGAGGGAUUGGAGGAAAGUUGUGACAGUUGAUGACAACCCCAAUGCUUAUUCUUUGCAGCCUGAGACUGUUGUCCCCUUACUGACCUU